GACGGGGAGGACAGUGCGGCUGAGCGAGAGAGAAAAGAGAGCGAGCGUUUGAGGGAGGGAGGACUCAUACCCCAUCCCGCGCUGCUCACCGAACCCCCAUUCCCGCUCGGGCUGCCGUGCGGCGAACGUUUUAAAUGCAUUCCAGAGGAAUUUUCCUGCAGCUGGUGCUUCGACCGUCACGAGCUAGUGUGAAUUGCGAAUGACUGCCUGAAGGAAGGAGGGGUUUCAGAAGGAAAAAAACAAACGAGAGGGAGCACAGGGAGUUUGGAUAGCAGUGCAAGCUGUAGCUCUUUUGUCAUUUGCUCCCUGUUGAUAAGCGACACGUCUGUCCUCGCACGCUUUUGGCUAUGAUGGUUUGACUGAAUCAAGAGCUUGCGUGUGUAAAUACAGUGAUGCGUUUUCAUUGGCUUGGGCAGGUUGCCAGACUGCUAGAGCGAUAGCCCUGAAGGUUUUCUUGCGAGAAGCGCACCCUGACCGGAUCAACGAGUCUAGAGACGGACAGCUCCUCCAGAAGCAUUUGUGAGGAGGUGUGUGUGUGUGUGGUGUUCCUCAGCUCUGCAUGAGUCCCGCUCAGACGUGAAAUUGUGUGCAUUAAUGUUUAUCACACAAGUGAUGAAGGCAUCAGAGAUCCGCUCAGAUUUGUUCACAUGGUCCUCUCUCCCAGCGCACUCCUGCAGAACAUCAGGACGUCUCCGUGAGUUGUUUUUCUUCAUGAAUUGAAGUCUGGUUUUCUAGGAUUCGAAUCGGAGAGGAGGGGGCACUUGGAUAUUCUGUACUUGAUUUCUGCAUGGUUAACGGACCCCUGCCCUGCACACGUCGAGAGCGUUUUCUACUUGCCCUCCUCCGCGGUUCUUCGCUUUUCAAACUCUCAUUUGUUUUUGGAGGGAGUCUUUUGUCUGUGGUUCUGCACUAGUGGACUGAAGCUCAGCUGAAUUGAUCUUUUGUCUGAAUCUAGGGUUCUUCUCACGGUGCGAAAACCCUUCAGCCCCCCGCUCUGAUCCCUCCGCAUCCCCCUCCUCCCAUCUCUCCCCAGCGUGUCUCAUCGCCCCCUUUACUCCCACGCACCUCCUCGUCUUCCAUCCACAUGGCGCUGAAAUCGCAGAGCAUGUGAGAGCGUGCAUGUGUGCCUCUCUUUGCACUUGAAGCCAGAAAGUAUAAUCCAGGAUUAGGAAGGUAAUGCAUCGCUGCAUGCAUCUGCAACCCACGGAUCGGACUAACAGAAGAGAGAGGUGAAAGAGUGACAUGUCCGAAGCGCGAUCGCGUUGGUGAUAUCGCAGGUGUGGCGGACGCUGCGUUUUUCCGGGCUCACAAUGAAAAAAACACGCAGCACCACUCUUCGGAGGGCAUGGCCCAGUUCUGAGUUCUCCGACCGGGCUUCUGAACGCAACCGGUCACGGAGCGAGAAAGACUACAGACUCCAUAAACACUACCCUAAACAGUUCUUCUCUUACUCCCCCAGAGGAUUCAUGAUAACAGGUGAUGUGUCUCCUAUCAGUAUGUCUCCCAUCAGCCAAUCCCAGUUCAUUCCACUGGGAGAAAUCCUGUGCCUGGCCAUUUCUGCCAUGAACUCCGCCCGGAAGACUGUCACUCAAGACACUCUCAUCGAGCAUUUAGCAACAUGUUUCCCAGGCGUCCCCACUCCGAGUAUGGAGAUUCUGCGGCACACGCUCAAUAUGCUGGUCCGAGAGCGGAAGAUCUACCCCACCCCAGAGGGUUAUUUCAUUGUCACCCAGCAGACAUACUUCAUCACGCCCUCCCUCAUUAGGACUAACAGCAAGUGGUACCACCUGGAUGAGAGGAUACCGGACCGCAUGCAACAGCAACCCUGUACCUCCCCUCAUUCGGGUACCAUGACACCCUCCACGUCCGGAUGCGUCCGGGAGAGAUCUCACCACAAGAACCACAGCGACUCCUACAACAACAGUUACCGGGAGGACAUGCCCAGCACACAUACCUCAACCUUACAGAGAAGAUCUAAGGAGCAUAAAGAGCAUUCUCCUGUGUCUCCGCCCCCUCAGCAGUCAUCGGAGAAGACUAAAAAUACACUUAGCUUUCCAUUCAAAACAGAGACGAACAGUAAACAAAGUAAAGACGGAACAAGCAGCAGCAGUGGGGAGAAGCAGUCCAAGAAAUUUGGGCUGAAGCUCUUCAGGCUCAGCUUUAAGAAGGACAAGACGAAACACCUAGCCACGUUCUCCGCCCAGUUCCCACCUGAGGAGUGGCCGCUGCGUGACGAGGAGACGCCCAACACGGUUCCCAGAGAUGUGGAGAUGGAGAUCAUACGUCGCAUAAACCCAGAUCUGACCGUGGAGAACCUGGCUCGCCACACGGCCGUCAUGAAGCGGCUGGAGGAGGAGAAGGCGCAAAGGAACAGAGCGAACGCCUCGGCCCAGCAGAGCGCCCGCAACAAGCGGAGUCGCAGUCAUCGCAAGACCCAGCAGGGCAAGACCUCACGUUCCCAUAGCAAAACGCGAGCGUCCAGGGGCGACCCUUCUGAAGGAUCUAAUCUGGACAUAUCCUACGACAGGGAUUACAAAUUCUACAGUUCCUCAUUGGUGCGUUCUCCGCGUGAAACUAUGAUGUCCAUGGAGCGGAAUAGGGGGAAGUAUUUGGUACACAGCAACCCCAAUAUUGUGGAGUCUCAUUUCACAACCGCACCAGAAUGGGAUGUUUCCGGGGAAUUGGCAAAGCGGAGGACAGAGAUGCCAUUCCCGGAACCCUCCAGGGCACAGUCCCAUUCUAAAGUCCAUCGAAGUCACAGUCACACGCAAGAGAGGAAGUCACGACACGAGAGGUCGGACAAGGCCAAAGGGAGGUCCCGCUCCAUGGACAACUCCAAAGGACCGCUCGGUGGUCAAUUCUUGGGUCCUCCGGAAGACUUUGAGUGCAGUCCCGAUGACAGAAGUCGGUACUAUACUGAUGACGGUACUUUAAGGGCAUCUGCACAGGCGACCCACUAUUCCCGUAUCAUGCUUUCUGCUGCUAGAUUACAUUCUGAUGUUUGUGUGCCUGACGUCGGGAGAGGAACCUCGGAGGACGCUGUGCUUUACAGGACUCUGGAGAAGAGUAAAAGCAGGGAUAGUCUUCCUGCUUACAACGACUUGAAGUCUUGCUCUCCCAAAAUGCCCGUGGACGAUUAUUUCCAGUGCACCGCGGCGAAUGAAGUCUCUCUUUCGGCCCCAUCUUCUUUACAGCCCCAUCUUCCCAGCCAUGACUAUACAGAUAGCGUCUGGAAGGGGAUCUCCUCGGGCCGAACGACUCCUCACUUAACCCCUCACCUAACCCCUCAUCUAACCCCGUCGCACCCUAUGGAAUAUCAAGAGGAAACCACUAUGGGACAAAGUAGUAUUCCCAUAGCGAAAACAAGCCAGACUCCCGAGCCGAUCCCCAACGGACGACUGUCGCGCCAACACAAUCCAGACUCAGGUGACUUGGACAACAUGACGGAGGUUUACAGUCAGGAGACAUUAUUCAAACCCCCAGACUAUGUGGAGAGCAGCUUCUCCAGGCCAGGUACGAUACGUCGGUCUCCUCACACGAAGUCAACCGAGGUGCUAGAGACUCAAGAGCACUUUGACAAACCCCUACCGCUGACCGUGCCACCUUCUUCUGGUCAGGAACAGGCGUCGUGCGCAGAAACCACCUUCGACUACUACAAUGUGUCGGACGAUGACUCGGAGGAGACGAGUCAUAAGAACAGGAUGCAGGAGAAGGUUAUGGAAGAGGGAGGAACCAUGCAGUGGCUGUUGGAGCGGGAGAAGGAGAGGGAUCUGCAGCGCAAAUUCGAAAAGAACCUCACGUUCUUGAGCCCCAAGGAGGGCGAGGGCAACAGCAGUCAAAAAGCGGUUCAUUCAACACGAUUGGACAGUAUGGACUCCAGCAGUGUGACUGUGGAUAGUGGAUUUAAUUCGCCACGCACACGGGAAAGUCUCGCUUCAAACACAUCAAGUAAUGUGGAAAAUAGCAGACGCCAGAAUCUGGCUUUGAGUCCGGGACACAUUGGCACCAAAAGACCCCCGCCGCCCUACCAGCCCCCCGGCUUCCGUACCGUUCGCGAGCAGCCCGCCACUCGCACUGAGAAACAGGCCUCCAUCACCAGCGUGUAGUGACGGGACCUGCGGGGGGCACCACCUGUUAACCUGUCAUUCUUCAUCGGGACUGUUACAAUCUGACAGGCAGGACCUUUCGAGUUAGUGUGAAGACUAUUUCAGCUGUAUUUUCAAAUACAGAAACACCGUUCGUCAUAAUUCACUGGGAGCAUCUUGUAGUUUUUUUUUUAUAGAAAUGUUUGUAACAACAAAUAUUGCUGCACACAUACAGGUCACUUCAUAAGGAUGACAUGUGAGGUGAUCUACGAUCAUGUUUGGGAUAAAAUCCUUAAUCAAACACAUUUGUAGCUUAGCGUAUCCACUACGGGUUUUAUUGGUCUUCUGAUCCAAACUAGCUGCAUUGCCUCCGCCUAUUCGUUCAUUUCUGCCGAGCUUCAUUCUGUAAUCUCAGGUCCCUUCUGACUUGCCGUGUCAUAUUUGCUGGUCACUGUAUUCUAUAUUAGUGGCGGCGACCCUGAAAAUCUGAACAAACUAUAGGCCUACUCUUCUGUUUCAUUCAUUUGAUCAUAUCCUUGUGUGCUGUCCACCGUCGUGGGUUAUUUCUGUAGUUUAAAACACCGCCAUGGCAUUAUUUGUUAAAAAAAUUAGAUACUACUGGUGCUUUCUCAUUGAAUGGACCGCUAUGUAAAGUAUGAAUCCAUUUUUGUCGAUUUUCUAUUUUGACCAGGUGCUUUCUAAUACAGAACGAAAUGACACACAUUGCUACCUCCACAAUCUGUACAGUCGUAGAGGGAGACAAGAGAUUUCCAUCCCGCAUCUCAGAUCUCUGCUGUAUUAGACAAACACUAUCAGCUUGCAAACUGUGAAUGUACUGCUACUGCUUCUCAAUCACAUCGAGACCAUCAAAGCGUUAGUAAGUUGCUGUUCUCAUUGUAAUAGAGAGACUGUGUAGAGUUUGGAAUCUUAUAGGACCAUGUAGAAGGGCAUAUCUCUGAUGUGUCCGGCCAUUUGGUUUUUAUUGUUAUUAUUUCCAUCAUAUUUUGACAGUUCUUUUAUUUUAAUAUCAAUUCAUGAAGAAAAAAACAUUUGAUCAAUAUUUUACAGAUUUUUGACACAUGGGAGAGAAGUUUUAAAGUUUGAUGUAUUUUUAGUUUUGAUUCGAAUGUUCUGGAACAUAAAUGUAACGUUUCAUUUACGCUUUACUUAACGUAUUAUAUCACAAUGAUCACCCACUACAUAAAACCCCUAAAUCAGAUUUUCCCCAUUUAAAUUCAUUUACUACAUUUUUAAUCUCAAUUUAUUCUGAAAAGUGAAAACUGGAUUUUUUUCUCGUUUUUACAGUAUUUCACUUUUUUGUUAUUUCUUACCAAAUUGAAUACAUUUAUGUUGAACAGAUUUAUCAAACAACCAAGCAAUUGUUUGGUAUAUAAACAUUUCUCAUUUAUUCUCAGUUCUGUAGCUUGUUUUGUCCCAGUACUCAAAAACUGUUUAAUACGUUUUAAAAUUAGUUUUAAAAUUAUAAUCUCUCUCAAAUGUGAAAUAAGGUUUCACUUUUCCAUUUAGUAAACAUCUGUCAUAAUUUAUCUCUGAGCAGGAGUCCAGUCAUAACUCGAAAAUGGAUUCUGAAGGACGGCAAAGUGUCACGUUAUUAAAUAAAAGCGCAUAACUACAGGCAGAAUUACCUUGUAAUACCAUUUUUGCACUAAUGCCUGUUCUCUAGUGACUGUAAAAGGAAAAAAAGGAAAAAAAUCAUCCGAAGGGAUGUGCUGUUUAUACUGAACAUAUUUCAUACGAAAUUCUGAUAGUCCAUGCAAUGUCUUCCCUAAACAUGAUGGAUUUCUUAUGGUUCUCAAUAACAUUGUUCCUUUUUGUGACAUCACGUCAUUCUGUAAGAGAUGGCUAUCUGUCAAGCUGAGUAUAAAAAUCUACGAGGGGAAUUUUUUGGUAAAGUCUAUAAUAUUUCAAAGAUUCCCCAGCUGUGUAGUCGUGCUGUUAAAUGUUUUAGUGUACUAAAUCCCUUCCUUAGGGAUUGUGUAACUUUUUAAGACAAUAAAAUAACAUGUUUAA